GAUUCGGCUGACGAUCAGCCCCCUGCUGCUGCUGUUGGUGUUGAUUUGGGUGGACUUCCUGGGGUGGAUUUUUCUGGGAGGCCAACCCCUCCUGUGGUCCCGCCAAAAACUGGAAGUGGGCUUACUUUGCAGCCAUGCUCGUUGAACGAGAAAUGCCCAGAGGACAAUGUUUGCUACCCACACCAGCAAGACCCCAAGAAAGGUGUCUGUGCCAAACCGCCGACGGGGGGAGUCGUCAUCCCAGACGAUGCUGGAGACUUUCCAGUUCCAGUUGCCUACUUCCCACUCACAGGGCAGUCGUUGAACUCCUGGCCAGAUGAGCAGUAUGUGGGCGCAUCAAAUACAGCAACAUUUCGUCAAGACUCCCAAUUUGGAAGCGUUCUACACUGCAAGGAGAACACAGAAGACCUUGUGGUCAUUCAGAAUGUGGAGUAUGGCAGGAAUGGGUCCUUCUCCAUCUCCUUUUGGAUGAAGAAGGACAUCAGUGCAUCUUCCUUUGGCGAUACUCACCAGUUCAUAUACUCCCACACUACGGUCAGCAACACCAACAACAGAAAUGCCGAUCCAACGUCGACCAACCAAAUUCAAGUUUAUCUGCCAGAGAUUUCCCAUCCUGCGCACGGACUUCUGAGAGUUCUGAUAAAGGAUGAUAAUGACACCCCUGAGGCGUUUUACAUGGACUCUGAUGGUUCGAUUGCCAACAAUGACGAACGCAACGUAACCAACCAUGUGGAGAUUGAAGACGGGAAUUGGCACAUGUUCACAGUCACAACCCAGCCAUCUGGGGGCAAAGGCUACAGAAUAUAUAUCGAUGGAGAGCUUGCGGCUUCGACUCCAGAUUCAAAAGGAGUUAAUGGCGGUGAUCCAAUUGAGCUUGAUGGAAAUAUCUAUCUCUGCGGGCGAGUGGACAAUGCCCGCGAGCGCCAUUUCGAUGGCGCCAUUGCAAAACUCAGCAUAUUUGACGUUGCCCUUGAAGAGGAGCAGGUGCAGUCCUUGUAUGCUGCUGUGUGGAAGGGCACCACAGAUGGCAUCCAAGACACCAAAACAGCCAACGGUGGUUUGCUGUAUGCGAGAGGGACUGAGGUGCAGAGGUCGCUCAAUACAACAACUGCCUUGGCCGCUGGUGCAGACUACAGUGCCCCACCUCGAUUUGAUGCGCAGGAAUUUGCAAGCAAGACAGAUUUCUGCAAUGUGGCACCAUCUGCUUUGGGUGCCGAUGAAGCUGACUGUGAGGUACCGGAGAUUUGUGCCCCAUUGCAUAUCCGACAGCUCAAGAUGCUCGUCAGGAUUGCUGACAAGCAGCCAGAUCCAACCUUCAAGCUUGAUGGCAUCUGCACUGUGGAACCCGAAGGGGGUGCCAUGAGUCCGAGGGAAGAUAGGGAUAUACCAGAACCGUUUGCUUAUUUCCCCUUGACGGGGGGCGAUGCAGCGUCUUGGCCAGUGCCCUACGCCCAAGGCACACCCAUCAAUGUUGACGUGGUUGAUGAUGCGGCAUUUGGAAAGGUGUUCCAAUGCAGUGAGGAGGCAGGCAGUUACAUAGUUUUGGACAAUGUUCCGUAUGGUGAUUCUGGCAGUUUUGCCGUAUCCUUCUGGACAAGGUCUUUGAACAACACCGGAAACACAUUCCAAUACAUCUACUCUCAUGCCGGCUUGAAUGUCAGCGAUAAUCCGUGGAUAAAGAACCAGGUUCAAGUGUAUUUGGCGGAAACGAACCACAGCUCCCGUGGCAUACUGCGCGCAAUUGUCAAAGACAUUGAUGAUGUGGAGGACGGCGAAGAAUCAGAAAUAUACCUGGAUUCUGAUGGAGAUGUUUCCAUCACUCUCAAGGACAAAGCAGAGAUUCAGAAGGAAGCGGCUGUAAAUGCCACGGAUGGCCAAUGGCACAUGGUCACUGUGACAACGCGCACUGAUGGCAAAAAGGGGUUCUCCAUAUUUGUUGAUGGCAUACUGUCGGGAGAGAUGGUCGAGGACGUCACCUACACAGGGGCUGAUGGUGUUAUACGAAGAGCCACUGGCGGAGAUCCAAUGCGAGCAGGCGGGAAUAUCUAUCUCUGUGGGAGACACGAUGGCAACCCAGAACGUCACUAUGAUGGCCUCAUUGCACAUUUGGCUCUGUACGACUCAGGUCUCUCCAGUGAGGAGGUGAAAGACAUUUACAACGGGGUACUCGAAUUGCAUGCAGCACUGAAGACAAUGGCCACAUCAGGUGACUCAGGCCGCAGAAGAUCUCUGCUACAGUCUCCUGGAUCUGCAUCAAGAACACAGGAUACUUUCCAGCCCCUCACGCCACCCUUCCAACCCCGAUUUUCAUUCGGUGCUAUUCCCACAGCUAUCCCUGUUGCUCUCCCACCGGGGAGCGUUCCGAGGGGUUCAUGGCAAGGAGCCGUCACAGGCCAACCAGGAAAGUUCUAUGGACGCUGCAGUGGGGACUACGCACAGGGCAUAGGCAUAUCGAAUGCUCCGGAAUGCCAGGAAGGAUUGACGUGCAUCCCAAUUCUCACCCCCACCUUCCGCGGCGAUUCUGGUGGGCAGUUGGAAAGGGUUGGCGUAUGUGCCAGAUUUCCCAGCGACGGCGCAUACAUCUUCGAUCCCAAGUCGGUGUUGACAAUCCCCAUUGCAUACUUUCCACUUACGAGCACCGACCUAAACUCGUGGCCAUUGCCGGUCUUUUCUGGGAGAGCCCCUAAAAUCAACUUGAUUGAAGAUGAAGUCUUUGGAUCUGCACUGGACUGCCAAAAGAGCAAGCAAGAUGAAGUGAUUCUGGACAACGUAGGCUAUGCUACCAGUGGCCACUUCACUGUGAAUUUGUGGAUUCGGUAUCGUCGGAAAGCCAUUGACGACGAUGCAUCAUAUGAGUUCGUUUUCUCUCACACAGAGCCUGGAGCGCAGGCCUCUGGAAGCGGCGCACAGAUCGAACUCUACAUGCCUGGCCCUGGAAACCCUCAACUGUUGGGGCGCAUUCAGGCUCUUGUUAAAGAUUCUGAUGAUUCAAAUGACGGCGCAUCGCCUGGGAAAGCAGGAACUUCCGAUUUGGAUGCUUCUUCCAAUGGCAGCCUUCUCUCCAAGGAAAAUUCAAGCAGCGUCACAGACGGGAUUUGGCACAUGAUUACCGUCUCCAGCCACGAGGCUGGUACACACGGAUAUCGAUUGUUCGUUGACGGCGUGCUGGUGGGAGAGAAGAAAGGAGAAUCGAAUGUGCCUGGUGGCGAUCCCAUCGACAUUGAAGGGAAAAUUCACCUCUGCGGGCGCUCCGACGGCAACUCUGAUGUGCAUUUCGAUGGCAGUGUAGCCCAUUUGGCGCUGUACAACAAGGCACUGGGGCAGCAGGAGAUACUGGCCCUGUAUGAGGAGUUCGUCCUUGUUUCAAACGGCAUACAAGUAGCCCACCCAACGCGCGCCACGACGACAGGAGAGCCAUGCGUGUUUCCAGGCAUCAGCGGAGGCAAGCUGGUUGUCGACUGCGUUCCUAUCAACGGCGUAUUGAGCUGCCCAGUGAAGGAUGGCACCUGGGUGGAAUGCAAAGCCUUCAACCGGUCAGCUGAGGCUUUUGCAGAGCUGGACAAACCAUCGGUUCCUCAGGGAGUCACUCGGACUGUGACCGGGGAGGUUUGCCGUUUCCCAUCAAAAUUUGGCGGCAAAGAUGUCUACUCUUGUGUGAAAAUCGACGGAAUUCCGAAAUGCAAUGUUGGGAAUGGGCAGUGGAAACGAUGCGCUUCAAAGGGACACAUAAGAUUCACGAAGCAAGGAGCUCGGUGUGUAUUCCCAUUCACGUAUGAAGAGAAAAUAUACGUGGAUUGCGCAGUCAUCAACAGGGUCGAGUCCUGCAUGGUUGCCAAUGGCAACAUUUAUCCGUGCGCUGGCACUUCACUGGGAUCAGAUGGGGCCAGCGUGGGGCCUGAUGAUGUGGACGAUGUUCCACAUCCUGAUGAGGCAAUCACUAGAACUACGAUCGACAGAAAAGCAUGUAUUUUCCCAUUCUGGCAUGAAGGCAAGUCGGUUGCUGGCUGCGUCAUCGAUGGCCAAUCCCGUACCUGCCCAGUAGCAGGUGGAGACAUGAAGCAGUGCAGCAAUCUCAUCUUCACAAAAGGUGGCAACCCAUGCGCAUUUCCCUUUCCGGAUGAUAAAGGAGAUGACCAGUUUUCAUGCAUGAGGAUUAAUGACACGUCCGUGUGCAGAACUGCUGCUGGUGUGUACGAGGAGUGUGUUGGACCGCUGGUGAAUGGGAAUGCACUUCCUGACAUCCUGCUGGCAGGACGGGUGACCGUUGGAGGCGACAAGUGUACACUGCCAUUUUGGCAUGGGAAACGCCUCGUCCGUGACUGCAUCGUUGUGGACUCGGUUGAAAAAUGCAAGGUCGAGUCUGGCGAGCUUGUUGAAUGUGCUCCCAGGCGCACUACGACUACGGGAGACCAGUGCUCGUUUCCUUUUGAGCACAAUGAUGAGCAAUACGACGACUGCAUCAAAAUAAAUGGGACAGAGAGUUGCAUCACAAUGACUGGCAGCAUUGAGGAAUGCGCUCCACUCCAAGUCCUUGCUGUCGAUGCUGGAGCGGCAGUGAACACCAAACCAGAGGCAAAAGAGUCUGUGGUGCCUCGCAUCACGGUUGAUGGAGAUAGUUGUGUGUUUCCUUUUUGGUACCGGGGAUCUUCCAUUGCCAACUGCAUCCCCGUUGAUGGAGUGGACGUGUGUCCAACUGGCAAUGGGAACCUGGCAGAAUGUGAGCCAUUGGUGUUUACGAAAUCUGGCGAGCCUUGCGCGUUUCCCUUCUACGACGAAGCAUCCAACAGCACGAAGAAGACCUGUGUGCCUGUUGAUGGGCGUGACAGGUGCAGGACAAAGAAGGGAGACUGGGAAGAAUGCUCGUGGCAAGGAGUGGCUGAGGAAUUUGAGGAAGCAACCAAAAUUGUACCAGGAAGAGUGACCACCUCCAACGAGCCAUGCGUGUUCCCAUUUUGGUAUCGGGGCGCCCUGACGACCACAUGUGCAGAGGCUGAUGGAGAGCCUCACUCGGGAUUUUGCAUGACAGCAGAGGGUUAUCCAAAGGAAUGUAAGCCGCCUCGGUUUACAAAGAGUGGCAAAGAGUGUUCCUUCCCAUUUCGCCACGAAGGCGUUGUUUCGUACGACUGCAUUGACCGCAAUGGAACAGAAGUGUGUGUGACAGCUCAAGGCGAUUUUGAGGUGUGUGACACACCCAAAGCCCCAGAGUACCACCAACACAAAGAAAACCAUGAAGACAGUGCUGGAAAGAUUGUCAGCAGGGUGACAGAAGAAGGCGAAAGCUGUGUUUUUCCAUUCUGGCACCAAGGGAAAUCCGUUGCCAGCUGUGCAAACAUUGGUGGCUACGACAGCUGCCUGAAUGGCCUUGGGAACCUUGUGCGCUGCACGCCUCUCAUGCAGACAGAUGCCGGUCAGCCCUGCGCAUUUCCUUUCCACGAAUCAGGUGAAGCGCAUACCAAGUGCCUGGCCAGAGGUGACAGGAAGAUGUGCAAAAUAGGCACUGGAGAAUGGGCAAACUGCACCAUUCCAUUGUCUGCAAACGAUCUGCCAACAACUUUGCUGGCUGGGCGAGUGACUGUGGAUAACCAGAAAUGUGCCUUUCCGUUCUGGUACCGAGGGAAGCUUGAGAGUAGGUGCAUUGAUGGAAGGUGUCCAAGCAGUAGCGGUGAAUGGAUUGACUGCCGGCCAGAGCAAUUCACCAUUUCUGGAAGGUUGUGCUCUGUGCCGUUUACUUUUGGUGGUGAACAGCACUCUGAAUGCAUUUCAGUCGAUGGAAAGCCACAGUGCAUGACGGCAGAAGGCAAUCUAGAAGAGUGCUCAACCACUUCUCAGACAGAGACAGCGGAACGGGCAACAGUGGAUGAGACUUUGGAUUUGGGUAGCCAGAUACUCAGCCGUGUCACUGUGGAUGGCGAACAGUGUGUAUGGCCGUUUUGGUACAAAGGUCGGUCAGUUGGGCAAUGUGUCCAAAUUGAUGGUGAAGAGAAAUGCCCCACAAACACAACAGAACUCAAACAAUGUGCACCCCUCAUUCCAACCGCCUUGGGCAGUGUAUGUGCCGUUCCAUUCAUGGAUGACCAAGGGCAAAUGCGAAAGGAGUGUGUGAAUAGAGGUGGCAGGCGAAUGUGCAAAGUGCAAGAUGGCACUUGGGACGAAUGCAUAGGCAUCAGCGGACAGCCCACCCAAGUGGAUGGGUCAGCAGUGUUGGCUGGACGUGUCACUGUUGAUGGUGAUGCCUGUGCAUUCCCCUUCUGGCAUGAGGGUGUCCUGGUGACUACAUGUGUGACAGACUCUGCUGGCAACAGCUCAGGGUGGUGCCGAACUGGGUCAGGCAGAAAAGCAGACUGUGCCCCAAUCCAAACCACAGUGCGGGGAUCUCAGUGCUCUUUCCCAUUCAGCCACGAUGGCUUGGCCAGCACCAGCAAAUGCAUCAAUAUCAACGGCGAGCUGCAAUGCAAGACAGCCCUUGGAGAUUUUGAAGAGUGUGCGGACCUCCAGAUUGCGUCAUCAGCAAGUACCAUUAUCAGCCGUGUGACGAUCGAAGGGGAUCAAUGCCUCUUCCCAUAUUGGUACCAAGGCCGAUCUAUUGCUGAUUGCGUUUCAGUCAACGGAAUUGAAAGCUGUCCCACCAGAGCUGGAAUGAGGCCGUGCCGGCCUCUCACAAGCACUGCAAAUGGGGGCAUUUGUUCUUUCCCCUUCCCUGGCGAUGACGAAGUGAUGCAUUAUUCCUGUGUGACGAGGAAUGACACGCAGAGCUGCAGAACAAGUGACGGUAAAUGGGCGGAAUGCACACAACGCCCAGUCCCAGAAGGAGCGGUUCAUGGAACAACAAAGCUCAUGACGGGCCGAGCUACCAUUGAUGGAGAGCAAUGCGUAUUUCCGUUCUUCUUUGAGGAGAAAGCCGUGAUUACCUGCGCUGGUAGGUCGAAAAAGAUGCCCAACGGGCAGUGCAUCACCAGAGAUGGUGCUAUGAAGGAAUGCGCCCCCGUUUGGAUGACCUCACAAGGGGACUAUUGUUCGUUCCCUUUCACGGUGGCUGGCAAAGUCCAUCACCAAUGUGUGCCAUUGGGAGGGAAAGACGUCUGCAAGACCGCUGAUGGAAGUUUUGCAGAAUGCAAAGGCAAGGUCAGAAUUUUAUCGGAGCUUGACGGCAGUGCAUCUGGCUCCAGCUCGAGCGCCACCAUUGGGGUAGCAAUCGGAUCAUCAGUAGCAGUGGCAAUUGUGGCGGUCGCAGCGAUUGGAAUUGUCGUGUACGCCAGGAAGAGAUCAGGAUCCAGGAAGGACACAGCAUCGAUGGGGACUUUCAAGAAAUUCCAAGAUCAGCAGGUGACUUCCGGGCCUGGGAGGGACAUUGCGCUGCAGGGCAUUGCAUCGAGUGUCAAACUGAAUAAUAAGGCCGGAAGAGGGAAGAAUCAGUGA